GCUUCGCUGUGGAAUACAGUUCAGUAACUAGCCUGUUUUUAACGCUGGCAAAUUAGCAACGCACUACGAACGAGCGAGACGGGGGACGUGCAUUCGAUUCGUCGGGGCACGUUUCCUCAAGCGACCCAGACGUACGCUUGUCUACUGCGCGAUGCAGUUGCAUUCACGAUGGUUGACUGAACUAGCUAGUUUGCUACGUGACAACCGAGCUAAUAUCCGAGUGGCCAAGGCCACGAAUGUAAACGUUACGAUAGCAAGGGUUAACGUUAGGUCUUUAGUUAAGUUGUUUUACUCUAUUGUGAUAAAUAUCAAAGCAGCCAAACGCCAGCGAUCACGCAACCGAGGAAAUUCUCUCGACCUCAUAAUAUGCUGCUAACAAACUGGCUAGCCAGCUAACCAACGUCAGCUAGCCACCAAUUGUGCUGUUGUUUAUUUCACAAAAAAUAAGCCGAAGAGCUAAGCGAAGACAAGAACUGAUCAUACGUCUGUUUACGUACAUUUUCUACUUCACGUGAGUGGUAGUGUCUAGAAAGGGUAUGUCCCUUCAGGAGAGUGGAGCCUAUGUCCGACCGGCCUAAUUCCAAUCCAGGGGGGUUUCUGCGACGCUCACAGAGGAAAACUGCUGCAACCCAACCACAGGGCCACUCAGUCUCGGGAAGGAGCGGCCUCUCCCUGGCCCUGGCCUCAGCCCAACCGAAGGCGGACCCGGGGGACGGAGCGAGCUCGCCGCGAGACCCACCGGCCCCUGCGUCGCGCAGAGGGGGCAAGCGCAGAGGCCCUCCCGACCACGGCGGCUGCCCCGCCCCUCCCGGCCCCGCCAAGAGGCCCCGAGCCCCGCCCGCCAAGCCUCCGCCCGCCGCCUCCGCGCCGACCCGCGCACCCACGGCCGAGCGGCCCUCCCGCGGCAGGGGGAGAGGGGCCCGAGGGGGCAAGGCUGGCGCGGGCCGAGCCAGACCCACCAAGCUGGAUCCCAAACCGGAGGCCUCAGCCAGAGCCGUGACCGACGCCUCCUCCUCCGCCUCCUCCACGUCCUCCACGUCGUCCUCCUCCUCCUCCUCUUCCUCCUCUUCGUCCUCGUCGCCGGCAGCAGCGACGGCAGCCCCCCCGCCGGGCGCGAGGCUCAAGCAGGGCUCGGAUCCCGGGAAGGCCCGGCGUUCCCGAUCCGCCUCCAGCCCCAGCCCCCGCCGCGGAGCCGUCUGGGACAAGGAGCAGGCCCGCAUCGCCGGAGGCUCCAGGUUCGAGUGGCCGCGUUUCGGACCCAAGGUCAACCUGCCCAAGCCCCGGCUCUCCCUGCCCGGGUCCUCCAAGUUGGACGCCCCCAAACCAGGCCCCUCGGGACUGCAGGCCAAGCUAGCGAGCUUGCGGAAGUCCAGUAAGAAGCGCAGCGAGUCCCCCCCAGCCGAGCCUCCUCCAGUGGAGCCCCCUAGCUGUAGGAGGAGCACACGACACAGGACCACGGGGUCCUGUGCCAGCACCAGUCGGCGAGGCUCAGGCCCGGGAAAGCGCGGGGCGGCCGACGCUUGCGCGCAGGAGAAAAUGGCCGACUCGGACAACAACCUGGACGGAGCCAACUCCUCCGCCUCCCGGAGCGAUGAGGCCUCGCAGAGAGCUGCAGCCUCCGGCUCUGUGGCAGGUGCAGUGGGCGUGGCCACCUCCGGAGAGAGCGAAUCGGAGGACUCCGAGAUGGGCCGCUUGCAAGCUCUCCUGGAGGCCAGGGGCCUCCCCCCGCACCUGUUUGGCCCCCUGGGACCCCGCAUGUCCCAGCUGUUUCACCGCACUAUAGGGAGUGGAGCGAGCUCGAAGGCGCAGCAGCUGCUGCAGGGGCUCCAGGCGGUGGGGGACGAGUCCCAGCAGCUGCAGGCUGUGAUAGAGAUGUGCCAGCUGCUGGUCAUGGGCAACGAGGAGACCCUGGGGGGCUUCCCUGUGAAGACCGUGGUGCCUGCGCUGAUCACUCUUCUGCAGAUGGAGCAUAACUUUGAUAUUAUGAACCACGCCUCCCGCGCACUCACCUACAUGAUGGAGGCUCUGCCGCGGUCCUCUGCGGUCGUGGUAGAUGCCAUCCCGGUCUUCUUAGAGAAGCUGAAGGUGAUCCAGUUCAUUGAUGUGGCUGAACAGGCUCUCACCGCCCUGGAGAUGUUGUCACGGCGACACAGCAAAGCCAUUCUGCAGGCUGGAGGUCUGGCGGACUGCUUGCUGUAUCUGGAGUUCUUCAGCAUUAACGCCCAGCGGAACGCACUGGCCAUCGCUGCCAACUGCUGCCAGAGCAUCACCCCUGAUGAGUUCCACUUUGUGUCCGACUCCCUGCCGCUGCUGACACAGAGACUCACCCACCAGGACAAGAAGUCAGUUGAAAGCACCUGCCUGUGUUUCGCCAGACUGGUGGACAACUUCCAGCAUGAGGAGAACCUGCUGCAGCAGGUGGUGUCGCGGGACCUGCUGACCAACGUGCAGCAGCUGCUGGUGGUGACCCCGCCCAUCCUGAGCUCGGGGAUGUUCAUCAUGGUGGUGCGCAUGCUGUCACUCAUGUGCUCCAACUGCCCCUGCCUGGCUGUGCAGCUGAUGAAGCAGAACAUGGCAGAGACUCUGCGCUUCCUCCUGUGUGGGGCGGCCAGCGGCCAGGAACAGAUCGACCUUCUUCCCAGAAGCCCCCAGGAGCUCUAUGAGCUGACCUCACUCAUCUGCCAGCUGAUGCCGUGCCUGCCCAGAGAGGGCAUCUUCGCGGUGGACUCCCUGCUGAAGAAGGGAAGUGCCCAGGCCAGCGAGGGUGCCGUCUGGCAGUGGAGGGAUGACCGGGGCCUGUGGCAUCCCUACAACCGCAUCGACAGCCGGAUUAUCGAGACGGCGCACCAGAGCGGGGAGGAGGAGCUCAGCCUGUCCCUGGGGCGGGUCUACACCAUCGACUUCAACUCUAUGCAGCAAAUCAACGAGGACACAGGAACAGCCCGAGCCAUUCAGAGGAAGCCACACCCCCUAUCCAGUAGCAGCUGCAGUGGGCACGCGGACCUGCGGCGGGAGGACGCGCGGGCGCAGCUGAUGAAGGAGGAGCCGGAGCUCACGCGCUGCUUCGUGAAGACGCUGUUCGGCGUCCUGUACGAGGCCUACAGCUCCUCCGCCGGCCCCGCCGUCAGACACAAGUGCCUUCGAGCCGUCCUGAGGAUCGUCUACUUCUCCGACGCUCUGCUGCUCAGGGACGUGCUGAGGAACCAUGCCGUGUCCAGCAGUCACAUCGCGUCCAUGCUGUCCAGUCAGGACCUGAGGAUCGUGGUGGGGGCUCUGCAGAUGGCUGAGAUCCUCAUGCAGAAGCUGUCUGACGUCUUCGGCGUCUAUUUCAGAAGAGAAGGUGUGAUGCACCAGGUGAAGAACCUGGCGGAGUCUGAGACCUUCUUCACGAGCCCUCCCAGGUUGUGCUCCAGCGGAACCUCCGGUAUCUGCAACACAACCAUCAGCAUGGUAACCGCUACCAUGGCGACCAACGCCCCUGACCUGGGCUCCCCCAGCUACCAGCACAGCAUGGACGAUUCGCUGGACCUGAGCCCCCAGGGGAGGCUGAGUGACGCUCUGAAGAGGAAGCGUCUUCCCAAACGAGGCCCCAGGCGGCCCAAAUACUCCCCCCCGCGGGACGAGGACAAAAUGGACAAUCAGGCUAAGAGUCCCACCAGCACUCAGUCCCCGAAAUCCUCCUUCCUGGCGAGCCUGAACCCCAAGUCCUGGGGCAAGCUGGGCACCCAGACCAACAACGCCAUAUCUGAGCCGUCCCGCAUGGCGGGGGUCAGCGGCCUGACGAGGGCCACGCCCAAGGACUCCAUCUGCAACAACAGGGAGAAGAUAAAGUCGUGGAUCCGCGAGCAGGCCUGCCGGUUCGUGGAGCGGUACCUGGGCUGCGAGCAGGUGAACGGCAGCAGCGGGAACCCGGCGCUGAACGUGCUGCAGCGGCUGUGCGCCGCCACCGCGCGGCUGGGCCUGCAGCUGGACGGCGGGCUGGAGUGCCUGCUGGAGAUCUGCAGCAUCGUGUGCCACUCGGACGCGUCCUCCUUCGAGAUCCAGCACAGCGGCCUCGUCCGCCAGCUGCUCCUGUACCUCACCUCCGACUGCGAGCGGCACGCCGUGCCCCGCCACGCCCGCCUGCGCCGCUUCCUGCACGUCUUCUUCGGCUGUCCGGUCCCGGGGACGGAGCCCCUGGGGCGGUUAGACCCCUGUGAGAGCGGCCCCCUGCUGGCUCUGGUGCACAAGAUGAACAGCUGCCUGAGUCAGAUGGAGCAGUUCCCCGUCAAAGUGCACGACUUCCCGAGCGGAAACGGCACCGGGAGCAGAGGCUCUCAAGCGCUCAAGUUCUUCAACACCCACCAGCUCAAGUGCCAGCUGCAGAGACACCCGGACUGCGCCAACGUAAAGCAGUGGAAGGGGGGGACAGUCAAGAUCGACCCCCUGGCCUUGGUACAGGCCAUCGAGAGAUACCUUGUCGUCCGAGGCUACGGGCGGAUUCGAGAGGAGGACCAGGACAGUGAGGAGGACGGCUCGGAUGAUGAAAUAGACGAGUCUUUGGCUGCACAGUUCCUGAACUCGGGCAGCGUGCGGCACAGGCUGCAGUUCUGCAUGGGCGAGCACGCGCUGCCCUACAGCAUGACGGUGUACCAGGCCGUGCGGCAGUUCAGCCUGCAGGCCGAGGAGGAGCGCGAGUCCACCGACGACGAGGCCAACCCGCUGGGCCGAGCCGGCAUCUGGACCAAGACCCACACCAUAUGGUAUAAGCCUGUGAGGGAGGAUGAGGACGGCAGUAAGGAUGUAGUCGGGGGGAAGAGGGGCAGGGCGCAGACCGCCCCCACCAAAACCUCCCCGCGCAACGCCAAGAAGCACGACGAGCUGUGGCACGACGGCGUCUGUCCCAGCGCGGCCAAUCCCCUGGAGAUGUGCCUCCACUCCGAGCCUCCGGACAGCAUGACCUUCGACGACCCCUCCCGCGACGUCACCCUGCUGCUCCGCGCCCUGCACUCCAUCAGCCGCUACUGGUUCUACCUGUACGAUAACGCUGUGUGUAAGGAGAUCAUCCCCACCAGCGAGUUCAUCAACAGCAAGCUGAGCGCCAAGGCCAACCGGCAACUGCAGGACCCGCUGGUCAUUAUGACCGGCAACAUCCCCUGCUGGCUGAUUCAGCUGGGCAAGACCUGUCCCUUCUUCUUCCCGUUCGACACGCGGCAGAUGCUGUUCUACGUGACCGCGUUCGACCGCGACCGCGCCAUGCAGCGCCUGCUGGACACCAACCCGGAGAUCAACCAAUCAGACUCUCAGGACAGCAGGGUGGCCCCCCGAUUGGACAGGAAGAAGCGCACGAUAAACCGGGAGGAGUUGCUGAAGCAGGCUGAGUCCGUGAUGCAGGAUCUGGGCAGCUCCAGAGCCAUGCUGGAGAUCCAGUAUGAGAACGAGGUGGGUACGGGACUGGGUCCCACCCUGGAGUUCUACGCCCUGGUGUCUCAGGAGCUGCAGCGGGCGGACCUGGGCCUGUGGAGGGGCGAGGAGGUCGCCCUGCCCCACCCCAAAGGAGGUCUGGAGGGCACCAGGUACAUGUUCGGCUCCAGGGGUCUGUUCGCCGUUCCGUUCGGGAGGACCACCAAGCCGGCGCACAUCGCCAAGGUCAAGAUGAAGUUCCGCUUCCUGGGAAAGCUCAUUGCCAAAGCCGUCAUGGACUUCAGACUGCUGGACCUCCCCCUGGGGCUGCCCUUCUACAAGUGGCUCCUCCGCAACGAGGCGUUCAUCACCUCCCACGACCUGACGGAGGUCGACCCCACCGUGGCCACCUCCAUCCAGCACCUGGAGGACAUCAUCCGCCAGAAGAAGAGGCUGGAGCAGGACCGGUCACAGACGCGGGAGACGCUGCAGCAGGCCCUGGAGGGCCUCAGUAUGAACGGCUGCUCGGUGGAGGACCUGGGGCUGGACUUCACCCUGCCCGGCUUCCCCAACAUCGAGCUGAAGAAGGGGGGCAAGGACAUCCCCGUCACCAUCCACAACCUGGAGGAGUACCUCAGGCUGGUGGUGUACUGGACGCUGAAUGAGGGCGUGUCCCGGCAGUUUGAGUCGUUGAGGGAGGGGUUUGAGUCGGUCUUCCCCCUGCAUCACCUGCAGUAUUUUUACCCAGAGGAGCUGGAUCAGCUGCUGUGCGGCAGCCGGACUCACAGCUGGGACGUAAAGACCCUGAUGGAGUGCUGCAGGCCUGACCACGGCUACACACACGACAGCCGGGCCGUCAGGUUCCUGUUCGAGGUUCUCAGCAGUUUCGACGCCGACCAACAGAGGUUGUUCCUGCAGUUUGUAACGGGGAGCCCCAGACUGCCUGUUGGAGGGUUCCGGAGCCUGAACCCGCCGCUGACCAUCGUGCGCAAGACGUUCGAGUCGACGGAGAACCCGGACGACUUCCUGCCCUCGGUCAUGACCUGCGUCAACUACCUGAAGCUGCCGGACUACUCCAGCAUGGAGGCCAUGCGCCAGAAGCUGCUGCUCGCGGCCCGGGAAGGCCAGCAGUCCUUCCACCUCUCCUGAUCCCUCCCCGCGGGGGCCCAACCGCCUCCUCCGGGGGCCGUCAGACUGUCUGUUCCCCUGGUCCGCCACAGGGAGGCGCUGUGCUCAGCCUUAGCAAAAAUCCACCCUGCUGAACCGACACCUGAUCGAUGUAUAGAAAAUACCCCCUCUCCCCACCCCCAAUUUCUCCCACGAACUUUACACCACCCACAGAAAUCAGACUACACUAAUCUUCAGUUGAAUUUAAUGUUUAAAAAAAUAAUAAUAAGUCUGACAUUUUAAAUUUGGUUUGCUGUGAGAUAUUUAAAUUAAAAAAAAAAGGGAUUUCUUUUCCUUAAGAAAAGGCAGAAAUAAUAAAGGUGACUGUGUACUUGGAGGUAUGUGUGAACCAAUUUAUGCACUGGCUCAAAAGACCCUCUGCAGAAUAACAUAACUGGGACAUUAACUUCUCACCUCUGAUAGGACAGCGUCACUUGUCAUUGAUAAGCCUUCCUGUCUGAUUGGAUUGCUCUUUUCUGCUCUGACAUUCUGAUUGGUGGCACUCCGCGUGCGAUUGGUGGGCUUUUCCGAUGUUCCUGGCCUCUGACUGGAUAGUGUUGAGCUCCUCUGGCAGGCUUCAUUUCUGAUUGGUGGGCUGUUCCUCUGGUGUUCCACGGGGUCGGUUGGACUGAUUUUUAAUCCAAUUUUAUUUCUGGUUUGUAUUUUGGUUUUCCCAAAUCUUUUGGGAAAGCAAGUGGUGGUGGAUUUGGAGGCUGUAAGUAUUUAACUGUUUGGUUAUGUGCUCUUUCAAUGGAUGUCAGAGCAACAUGACUCUAAUGUCAGCCCAGUCAUAGAGGGAAAGAUGUUACCAAACAGCUCAUCGUGUAAAAGUCACACACUUUCCAUGAGGAAUGCAGUUAUUGUCUGAAAAGUUUAAUUUCAUUUCAAUAUUUAGCAGAUUCUCUUGUCCACAGCAACUUGCACAACACCCCAGUUGGGAGCUGAACCCAUAACCCAUUUUUAGCUACAGGCUCAGUCCCCUACUGUCCCAAAAUACCCAGGGGAGGGGGUUCACACCAGUCCUGGGGGGCUGCAUUGUCAGAGGUACCCUCCCCCCUUACCCAAAACCUGCCAUCCCAAUAAAGCCCUCUGAACGUUAAAAUAAUUACUUCAUGUGCAUGCUUUUAGAAAAAGUGCACACAUUAUCCGGGGGGUGUCAAAAUGAAGAACUGGGGGGGGACCGUAGCAUCUGCGACUGGUGAGUUUAAACGGAUCGUGCGAGCGGCUCAAACGCACCCGGAAACCCUGCAGGUGCUGCGGUUCUCCAGCGCGGCGCACCCGUUUUCUAUUCGCCUGGGAGUUUUGCAUUUCACAGCUGAGCGCGCGUGCGUGUCGUGGAAGGCACCGGUACGUGUAUGUACAGUGCCAGCGGCUGUGUUUCCUGUGCUGGCUUUUCUGAGCUGUGGAAACGGACUGCACUCAGCCCAUGUUUUUACUCGAGAAUAAAUAAAACUGUAUAACGUG